CGAUUUUACAGCCCUGCAGCAAUUCCUGUUCCCUCCAAGCCGCCCCGAGUUUACCCAUGUUUCUUCAACUCUUUGCAAGGCAGAGACCAGCUCGGCUCUUCCAGCUUACCAUCUCCGGCCAAUUUUGCCCUUCUCGGGUCAAGGAGUUCCUAUCUCUACAACCAUUCCUCGAACGUUCUUCCAAUCGCCCUGAGAAAUUUAUCUGACGAGAUGGAGCGUCGCCGUAGCAGCCAUCGGCAAAACGCCUUUCCGUCCUUCAUCCCGUUGGACACCACCAGUCACGAUGCAGCCCAGGGACAGCGCAGCCCUGAAAGCACAACCACGGAUCAUCAACUAGAUCAGGUCAACCCGCUCGUAGCGCAGUGCUAUCAACUUGAAGACGAAGUACGACAGCUCUCUGAACAAGUCCGAAGGCUGUCCGAGUCGCUCGCCACUUCGCCGCCGGAGCGGCGGGACCAAGCCAACACAUUGGCAGCGGACCAUGAUCCGGUCUCGGAGCCACAGCCAUACCCGGAGGCCUUAAAAGAAUCUGGAGAGGCCUCGAGAGAAUCCAGGACGGCCUCGAGGGAAUCCGGAACGGUCUCGGGAGACUCGAGAACGGCUUCAGAAGAAUCUAGAAGGACUUCAAAGGAGUCUAGAAGACAGUCAGGACAACCGGAUCAUGCCUCAAUUCCGCAAUCGGGACAUCCAGAGCACGCCCCCAUUCAACAAUCAGGACUUCUAGAGCAUGCAUCUCUUCAGCAAGAGGCGCAAGCAGCUCAGGCAUACCGUCGACCAAGCUUCAACAUCCCAUACGCCCUGAACCUUUACGACCGCGGCUUUUCAGACCUACGCGUCGGCGUGCAUCAAAGCUGCUUGGGCGAGGACUUUUGCGUCGAUCUGACCCCGUCUGAUGUACCUGGGAUGAGUCUCCUUUAUGGCUUCAUUCGUCAACACUCUUCAGCAUUGGCCAGAGUUGAACUUACUCGCCAUGGACGAUACGCCAUCACCGUCCCUUUACUACCAUGUCGGCCAAACGGUUCCAGCAACCCGACAGACCUCCCCCAUACCUUCCGAUUUCCGGACGAGUACGGCGUGUUUGGCUUUGUUGCGGAAGUUCAAGACCCCAGCGGCACUGGAUUGCUACUAGAACGUUUCAGGUGGCAGCAGAUUGACUGGCCCAACCUUGAAUGGAUAACAGACUGGAAGUCCCAUCACGGGUGGUGUUUGAUUGGCGAUGUAGUCUCUGGCCAGAGCUCAUCGCCCCCCGGUGUGAGAGACGUCGUGGCUUGUUACGCAAGCAACCGCGCGUGGACGGCAUCCAGAGAGACGCUGUCUUUGGCCAGGAGUAGCUCCAAGGUUGGGAGAAUCAGGUUCUUAGAUAGUGUUGACAUGGGAAGAUUUGAUGAGCGCUGGGUCACGUUGGCAAUGGUGUCUGCAAUGGCAAUUUAUGGGUUAGAGGAAUGGAUGGAUGAUCAACUGCGGCCGAAGUAUGGAGGAUCAUCGGCUCAACAAUCAUCGGGGUUUCCACCACACAUGUUGAUGACUCCUUCUGCACCUCCACCUGCGGCUGUUGCUCCUGACCCUUUUUUCCCUCCACGUCGCAUAGUAUAAAUUCCUUUAGUAUUAGACAGUAGAUACGCCCUAAAAACAAACAUUACGCCUCUAAAUUUGUCUUUUGGGCC